UCUCCCUCGACAACGGCGGAAAUUGGACAAUGUGGCGUGCCCCGCUGGCGCGCCGUGGGCUCGCAACGCUCAAGCUCACGUACUUUAACAUGGCUGGCCGCGCCGAGUUGACACGGCUCGCGCUGUUCAUCGGCGACAUCUUCUUCGAAGAUGAACGGAUUUCAAUGAAGCGUCUCAAGAACAUGAAGCACUCGCUCCCGUACGGCCAGCUGCCUGUGCUCAUGGUCGACGACCUCGUGCUGGCCCAGUCCCAUCCCAUCGCAAAGUAUGCAGGCACGUUGGCAGGGCUGUACCCCCACAAAGAGCCAUUGGAAGCGUUCAGGGUGGACGAGAUGCUCGCUCACUUGAUGAGCAUGAGCAACGCCAUAUAUGCCGUGUUUGGCGAGCUAGAUCAGGCUGAGCGCGCUGUGCGGGCCAACGAGUUGGUCGAAGUGAAGCUGCCUGCGAUGUUUGACGUGCUGGAGAAACGACUUGUGUCCACAAGCACCGGCAAUCCGUACCUGCUUGACGCCUUGUCGUUGGCCGAUCUCGAAAUCUACCUCACGGUGCACAUGCUCAAGACGGGCCUCCUGCACGACGUGCCCACGCAAACCGUGCCAGAUUCGUAUCCGCACGUCAUGCGCAUCUACGAGACCGUCAAGCAACACCCCAAGGUGAUGGAGUGGAACCAUCGAAAGAACUGAAGCUCCAUCCGACAUCACGAUCGAUUGAUCGCUUUGGUGCACUUGUCGACGUCAUGCACCGCCAGUUUGGUUUUGUUCAUAAGCUAGGCGUGUGCGUUGGCCUAGAGUUGAAGGCGCAGUCUUAUCUUGAUCUUCAUCUGUGGUUCAAGCU